AUGCCGCCUCCGUGCCAGGACACGCGCAUCCAGCCCCUCGAAACGGCUACGAGGGAAACUUCAUCGGGCAGAGCGAAGGCCGGGCAGCCGGGGCGUUUCCGUCUCCCUCCGGCACAGGAGUUUCGGGGCCGUCGGUCUCCCGUCGAGGGAGCAGACGGCAGGAGAAAAGACCACGUUUUGAAGGCAACGCUGGCCGUCAGGUCAAUGCACAACGAGAUGGAAAAGAACAGGCGUGCCCACCUGCGGUUGUGUUUGGAGAAGCUGAAAGGGCUGGUUCCGCUCGGACCCGAAGCCAGCAGGCACACCACCCUGAGUUUACUAACGAAAGCUAAAUUGCACAUCAAGAAGCUUGAAGACUACGACAGGAAAGCCGUACACCAAAUAGACCAGCUGCAGCGGGAGCAGCGGCACCUGAAAAGGCAGCUGGAGAAGCUGGGGAUAGAGCGGAUAAGGAUGGACAGCAUUGGAUCCACUGUUUCUUCGGAGCGCUCGGACUCGGAUAGAGAAGAGAUAGACGUGGACGUGGAGAGCACGGAUGACCUUCCUGCGGACCUCGACUGGAGCAGCAGCAGCCCGAGCGACUCGGACGAAAGAGGGAGCCUGCAGAGCGUCUGUAGCGACGAGGGCUAUUCCAGCUCCGGCGUGAAGAGGUUGAAGUCGCAGAGCAAUCGCAAGCCUUCUCUCGGUCUAUAA